ACAAUAGAGAAGCGAUGUGUUAUUUACGUGCAAAUGGAAAGAUUAUCUAGAACGCGUAUGAAAUGAUGGCUGGCUUUACGGAGUCGGCAUUAUCUAAGAAACUUGCAGACCUUAACAGUUCGCAGCAAAGCAUACAAACUCUCUCCCUGUGGUUAAUUCAUCACCGAAAACACCAUGCCGCAAUUGUGAAAGUAUGGUUCAAAGAUUUUCUAAAAAGCAACGCGAAUAGGAAGCUGACCUUUAUGUAUCUAGCGAAUGAUGUUAUACAAAAUAGUAAGAGAAAGGGGCCUGAAUUUGGGAAGGAGUUUGGAAGUGUUCUCAAAAAGGCCUUCGAACAUUUUUCUCUUCCUGAAUGUGACGAAAAAACGAUUAGGAACCUCAAUCGAAUACUACAAGUUUGGGAAGAAAGAGGUGUUUAUGACAGCAAGAUGAUAAAAGAGUUCAAGAAAGCUCUGGAACCACCGGACAGAGAGCCAACUCCACCAAAGAAGAAAGUGAAGUUAACACCAAGUUUUGUGCCUGAAGUGGAAAAGCCAACUAAGAAGGAGAAAACAAUAAAAGUAAAAGUUGUACCUAGGGAGCAUAAAAAGUCAGAAACAGAAGUUGAAGUAGAUGGGACUAAAGAGUUACACGUUACCCUAUCACCACAUACACCAUCUGGAGAUCCUCCGGAACCGGAGGAGCUUAUAAAAGCUCUCAUGGAACUAGAGAACUCUGCUUCAAGCGAUGCAGCUGUAAGGGAGAGAAUAGCUAGUCUGCCACCAGAAGUUUCUGAAGUUUCGCUUUUGAAUAAAUUAGAAGAUAAAGCAACAGCGGAGAAACUAGCAGUACAAGUCAAUGAAGCUGUACAGUUACUACUAGAAUAUAACAGUCGCCUUGCAGCUGAAAUGGAAGACCGGAAGAAAGUUUCCUCAAUGUUGAGAGAUUUUAUUCAGGCUCAGAGAGAACUCUAUGCACAAGCUGAACAGAGGUUAGAGAUGAACCACACUGUAGUGAUAAUGAAAUGGAGGUCGGCAGACAUGUACCGAGGCAAGCUCGUGGCAGUUACACAAAGCCAGUUAUGUCAAUGAUUCUAGGAAACAAGAAAACAUGAAGACCGUGAUCAAAUGUGAGGAAUACAAAGAGAAACUACAGAAGGUGUAUGUUGUACGUCAGGAGAUAAAGUCUCACAUUCAGAAUCUCCCAGACUUGACUCAACUGCCUGAUGUGACAGGAGGGCUGGCCCCUCUACCAUCUGCAGGAGAUCUUUUUAGUUUGCACUGACUACUUUUUUUUUUUCUUU